AUGCGCAUUUUUCGUCCACUCCUCACCCGAUCACAAUUAGCGAUCAUGCAGCCACUCAUAACAGUUGUCGGUGCGACUGGCACCGGUAAAUCAAAGCUCGCGGUCGACAUCGCAAAACGAUUCAAUGGCGAAGUCAUCAACGGCGAUGCAAUGCAGCUUUACCGCGGACUACCUAUAAUCACCAACAAAAUCCCACUACACGAAAGGGAAGGAAUUCCGCAUCAUCUGAUUGACUUCAUCGGUCUGGAGGAAGAGUCGUGGCGAAUUGGUCUAUUUAAAAAGGAGUGUCUGCGAGUUAUACAGGAUAUUCAGUCGCGUGGGAAAAUUCCGGUGCUUGUGGGGGGAACUUCGUAUUAUGUGCAAUCUGUCUUGUUCAAUGAUGCAUUGGUUGGAGAAGGGGCGGAAAAUGGUGUGUCAGACGACAAUGGGCAGCAAUCCGAGCGACAGCGGAAAGAAGGAGAAGAAUGGGCGAUUCUUGAUGCACCCGUUGGGCCCAUGAUGGAGAAACUGCGGGAGGUUGAUCCUGUUAUGGCGAAUCGCUGGCACAUAAACGAAGUGAGGAAGAUUCGGAGAUCUCUGGAGAUAUAUCUUCAAACAGGUAGACCUGCGUCGGAGAUCUACGAGGAGCAAAUGCGGCUACGACAGGCUGCGAUUGAUAACCCUGAAGGUAUCGUGGCGGGUCAGCUACGAUUUCAGACGCUAGUAUUCUGGGUACAUUCAGAAAGAGAGAAGCUCUACAGGCGACUAGAAAAUCGUGUGGAUACUAUGUCAGAGCAAGGUCUGAUUGCAGAGGCUCAAUCGUUGUCUGAGUAUGCGCAGGAACAGGCGGCACAGGGAAAACAGAUUGAUCUAUCGAGAGGAAUCUGGGUAUCUAUAGGGUAUAAAGAGAUGGAACCUUAUUUCACUGCUUUGCGGGCCGGCAAUUACAGUGAAGAUGACCUCAAAAACCUAAAACAGUCUUGCUUGGAAUGUGUGAAGACUUCGACAAGGCAGUAUUCCGCUAGUCAGGUAAAGUGGAUUCGGAAUAAGCUAUGGACUGCACUGGCAGAUAUCGGUGCUACCAAUCGGUUAUAUGUCCUGGACAGCACCGAUCCAGGAGCGUGGGAUAGUUGCGUGACUGAGCCGAUGGAGCGUAUUGUGCAAGCGUUUUUACGCAGUGAGCAGCUUCCAGAGGCAAAGACGAUCUCUAAGCUGGCCGAAGAAAUGCUCAGGGAGAGAGAGCAGAACUAUACAAAGGGUACCAUACCGCCUGCCCAAGCCUUAAAACAGAUGACCUGCGAGAUGUGCAAGAAAACAUUAAUGGGCCAGGAGCAGUGGGAUAUUCAUAUCCAUGCUGCAAGUCAUCGGCGAGCGAUCAAGGCAGCUGCAAAAAGAGCGCGGAAUAUGGAGUGGCUGCGAAAUCAUCCGCCUGUUGAGGUUAUUAAUGCGCAGCCGCCUUAGUCUAGGGAACCAAGAUUGCAACACCCGUUCGGACUCGAAUCGGCGGUUGGCAGUCGUUGUAUCGACACCGGGAGGUCACUAUGAUCUCGAAUAACAGAUCACUGCGCAUAGCUAUGCAUCCCUAGGAUGCUAUUAGAUCCU